CAAAGUAUAUUUUUAACAAAGAUUUUAGACUCCACUAAUAAUAUGUUUAUAGCAGUAAUAAUUCAUACAUAAGCUAAAUAUUCCAAGUAUCCAAGGAUACUUAGAAAAAAAGCAAUAUGUCUUAUGCAGAACAUGGUCCACGAAUUUUUUUAGCUAAUAAAUAUAACGCUGGAACACCACUGAUAUACGGUGAUUAUGUUUUGCCAAAAAAACGAUUGGAAGGUCGAUUAAAACUUUAUGAUUCUUGUUCAGAUAUUAGAGCAUGGAGUCCGAACUAUUUAGAAAAUUCACGUUAUUUUCGUGAACUGAAUGAAAAUGGUUCACCAAUUGGAAAAAUAAUACCAUUUCAUGUUGUGAUUGAUAAUAUAAUUCAUCUGAAUUCACAAGCUCAAAAUGAACUUCAGAUAGUUAAAGAAGAAUUGCAAAAAUAUAAAUGUCUUGAACUUUCUCCUAAACAAGAACAACAAUUACACAGUUUCGAAAAUAAAGAAGAAAUGAAGAAACGGUUGCAAAAUGAUAAUUGUACUACAUCAUUUCCUUUAAGGGAUGCAUUUGUUGAUAUUAGUAAAUCAGUAGCUACAAUUAAUUCAAAUUCAUGUUUAUCAAUUCACAUACCCUUUAAAGGUCAUUUUCAAAAUAAUAUAAAAGAUGAAUCAACUUUACGAAAUCGAUCAAACGAAGUGUAUCCUUAUUCUUUAACUGCAUAUGAUUCAUCUUUAAAUAAUUCUAAUUUAGUACCAUCGUUUCGAAGUAUUAAAUCAUUUCUCACUGAAGAUUUUAGUGAAAAACCAUUACCCUGUAUAAAAUGUAUUGAUGUAGCUGUACAAGUAGAAAUGGAAACGUGCAAUACAGGAAAGAUUGAUAGUCAAAAAAAAGUCAAUAAAAGUUUAACUAAAUCUGUAAUGUCACAAACAUCAUUUUCUUACAAGUACAGCGAUGAAGAUAAUAGUAUGACAGAAACAGGCAGUAGUAGUUUACAGACAAAUAAUGAUAAAGAACAAAGUUUUGAAUGUGAUGCAUCUUGUAGUGAAAGUUCACAAAAUAGUGAAACUACAAUAGAAUUUUGUACUGAAAUGCAAGCAGAAUCUAAUCUUGAUUUACAUCAAAGGAUUCAUAAAGGAAUUAUUAUUCAAACAGAAUCAAAAAUCAUUGCUUUAGAACAUGAACUAUGUGUGAAAGAUGCUGAUUUAAAAGAACUACAAGAUGUGAAAAAUGAUUUGGAAAAAUCAUUGCAAGAAAAGGAAGAUUAUAUCGAAAAUCAACAAGAGAAUCUUAAAUUAUUAUAUGACCGAUUACUGAAAUCACAUCAGCAACAUAAUUAUGAAGUAGAAAAUUUAAAACAAAAGCUUCGUUAUUACAAAUAUUUAAUAGAACAACUCCAACAAGAUCUAACUAAUAAACAUGAAACUUGUCAUUUACAAACACAAGAAAUAGAAAAACUUAAAUUAUGUGUUAAAGAUGUAGCAAUGGAGAAAACUUCCUAUAUAGAAAAAUUACAAAAAAUGGAACAAUCAGUUAAAAAAGCUGAAACGUGCAAUUUAGCAUUGCAACAAAUAAAAAGUAUCUUGCAAGAGAAAAAUGAACUUAAAAAACAAAAUUAUGAACAAUGUCGUAUAUUGGUAGAUCAAGAAGAAGAAAUAAAUCAAUUAUUGGAUCUGAUUAAAGAAAUAUCUAUCGCAUAUGAAGAACAGAGAAAAACAAAAGAUAUAUUAGAAAAUUUAAAGGCUGAGAUUCAUAAUAAGGAUAUUAAAAUUUCUCAAUAUGAGAAAGAAUUACUUUCUAUGAAACAAGAAAUUAGUGACUUUUUUAAUAAUUUGAAACAUGCUUUAAACAAUUUGGAAGAACUCAAUGGAUUAUGCGAAGAUGUUUAUAACUGUAAAAACUGUGAACUGGAUAUUAAUGAAGAAGCAAGCAAUGUGUUGCAAAAUAUAAAUACUAUUAUGACAAGAUUCCAGAGUUAUAAAAUAGAAAGUCAAAAUCUUGGACAAGAAAUAGAAAAUUUAAAGCGAUAUAUAGAAAAUAAUAAACAACAAAUUCAUCUCGAUCAGAAUUUCAGAAACAUAAUUGACAAAGACUUUUAUUACGAACCUGACAUAAAUCUUAAAAAUACAAGUGGAAAGGACAACAUGAUUGUCGUAAAUAUCAAACAAGAUAAAAGUAGUACAAAUGAAAUAGAAGUGGAAGAAGUUUCUAAUUCUGUUAACAGUAAAAAUUCCUUAUGCACAACAAGCAACAAUUUAGAUAUCUAUAAACAUAAAACUGAAUGUCACAAUUACAUUAUCAAACUGGAUAAAAAGACUAAUAUCGAUAAAGUAGAAAAAGUAUUCAACGAGUAUUUUUCACAGCCUCUAAUUAAACUUCAUUCCCUUACUCAACAAUUAAAAAUAUAUGUUGAAAUUGAGCGUCCCUUUGUAAUGAAACUAAUUUAUAAACUCCAUGAAAUUCUGGAAGAUAUUCAAUCAGCUGUUAAUAUCUCUCAAGAUAUUACAUUGAGGAAGCUACGUAUUUCUAAAUUAUAUAGCCAACAUAAAGAAGAAUAUGUAAAGUACAAUUCUUGUGUUGAAGAAGUACCCACUGAUUUAUUCAAAAUGCAAAAUAGAAUAAAUGAAUUUAUUGAAGCCAUUCUAUAUCAAUUAUUAAAUGAAAUAUUACGCACAGAACAAGAAAGUUUACAUAACAGGCAAAUUAAUUGUGCGUUUGAAAUGUAUUUCAAAUCUUGUAUCGAUCGAGUGAAUAAAGUCGUUCAAGGUGCUGGAGAUCAACGCAUACAAAUAGUUGACGUAAUUGAAAAGCAGCAAAGAGAGUUGCAAGAAAAGGAUACAGAAAUAGCUCAAUUAAAGAAAGAAAUAGCAGAACAUUUAGAAAGAAGAAGAGGGGAAGGUGAUUGUUUAAAUCAACAGGAAUUUCAAAAGAGCAUUGCAAUUAAACAAAAAUUAUCAAAAGUGAUUACAGAACUUAGUGAUAAAAAUGCACUUAUAUCAGAAUUAAAAGGUCAGCUUCAAAUAUUUAAAAACGAAUUGAAGAGAAAAAAUAAGAAUUUGUACAAUAUUAAAAAUAAAUUAUGGAAAGAAUGUCAACAGACAAGGAAACGGUUAACAAUGAAAAAUUUAGAAAUUAAGAAUUUAUACAAGAAGCUUCACAGUCUCUCUAAAAUAAAUGAUUUAAAUAAUGCUAUGGAAAACGAACUUUCAAAAAUGAAGAAACAAUUAUCUGACAUUCAGCUUAAAAACAGUAUCAUCCUAGAAGAACAGAAAGAAGAAAUUAGGAAAAGAAAUACGAUUAUUUCCCAAAAAGAUGAAACAAUAGUUAUCUUAAAAAAUAGAAUUGAAAAAAAUGAAACCAUUUCAUCUAGAGAAAUCGGGGAACACGAAAUUGUAGUAAAAGAAAAGGAGGAUGAAAUUGUAAAACUACAAAAUGAAAAUAAAUUGUUAGCUGAAAAAUUAAAAGAUAAUGAAAGUAAAUUCAUCAGAAUGAAUCAAACAAUUACGUCUUUAACAGAGCAACGUGACAAAAUUAAUAUCAUAUGUGUGGUGCAAGAAGAUCUUGCAAAAUUAGACAAAAAUAAGGAGAAAUUGAAGGCUGAGCUUAACAGCUUAAAAGUGCAACUUGUAAAUGAUCAAAAUAACAAUAAAAAACUUGAUACUGAUUUAGGCAUAAUUCUACAUGAAAAUGAAAUUUUACAAAAAUAUGUAGAAUACUGGAAAAAUGAAAACUCUGAAUUAACAAUGAAACUCUGUAAUAAAAUUUCCGAAGAAAAACUAAAAAGCCAAUUAUAUGCUCUUCCCAACAAUAUACUUCAAAAACUUGAAAUCCUUAAAAAGCAAUGUACUUCAGAAGAAAAUUUAGCAAAUCUUCAAUUUAGUGAACACUCACUGAAUAAAUGCACAGUUAAUAAAAUAAUUUUUUACAUCAAUUUUGUUUCGUUUCGUUUCGUGUUUCGGUUUAAUAUCAUUAAUAUAUUUAAUUUAUUGUUAGAUACAUCAAGAUAAGAUAAUGCCAUUAACAACGAAUUAUAUAAAUAGAGAUUUUAAAUUAAAAGCUAAUAAUCAGGAAAGAGAAAUAAAGGAAAAUGAAAUAGAGGAAGUUGAAUUGCGACAACUACUAAAUACUGCAAAUAUAACAAAAAAUAUAAAUACAACUAGUUGUACAAUGUUUAAACAAUUUGAAUCUUCAGAAAAUAACAGGAAAAUGAAAUACAAAACGAUAUCUUUCGAAAAUGUGCACUAUGAAGAUCAAAAUGAAAUUGAAAAUUUGCUAAAUGAAAUUGAAAUUAGAGAUUGCAAAAUAAGAAAUUAUACAGAAACCAUAGAACAAUUAACACAAGAAAACAUGGACCUUCGUGCUGUUCUUAAAGUGGCUAUUACAAUUUAGUUUUAUUUUAUCAAGUAUACUGUGCUAUAUUUAAUAAUAUUUUUCGUGUAUUUAAUCAUAUAUUUCUUUAUU